UUGGUUUGCCCGACUCGCGAUUCUGCUUGCCCGACCGGAUGGCGUCCGGCACGAAAGCGGCGGUGGCGGCGUGCUUCGUGUUGGUGACCGUUCUGAUCACUUAUCGCUUUGCCGACCACCUGACAAACUUGGCACCGUCGGCCGUGCUCACUUGGGGCUUGGUCUCGCGAGGAAUUGGUUUGGUGCACAUUGUCGUGUUUGCUUCUUUCGAUGGUCAAGUAGUUCCGCUCUGCGGGAAGAAGGGUGUCACCCCCGUGGCGCAGUUCUUGGCGCAAGUCCGAGAGGACUUCCCUGGACUGAAGAAAUGGGCCUACUUUCCGACUUUGCUGUGGCUGGGUGACAGCGACGCCAUCCUUCAGCUUACAAAUCGUGCAGGUCUGAUUGGUGGCCUGCUGGCUAUCUACGGUGGCAUCUUUGGCUGGCUGGGACUGUUUUUGUCGCGGCUCGCGCUGCAGUCAUUGGCGGUCACUGGAGAGUUCUGGUUCGUGUGGGACUACAUGGUCUUCGAGGCUGGCGCCCUGGUGCUGCUGCUUCCCCAGGCGCUGCCGCUGCACGCGGGCCUCGGGGCCAGCCACUUGCCAGUGCCCUGCGUGGCGUUGGCGUGGCAGCUGCUGGCGAUUCGCCUCAUGUUGGGCUUCGCCAAAACCAAGUUUAGCAAUGCAAAUGUCGCAAAGGAUAAUCUCUUUCUCCAGGGCUUCUUCGUGUGGCAGCUGCUCCCAAACAAGCUGGCGUGGCACUUGCACCACGCGCCGCUUUGGAUUCUUCGCGCUUUGUAUGGCGGGAUGAUUUACGUGGAGGUCGUCCUGCCGUUUUGCGGCUUCUUCUCUGGGGCUCCCAGGUGCUUCGGUGCUUGGGGCCUGAUUCUUCUGAUGUUCGGCAUCUUCUUGACCGGCAACUGGGGUCAGUUCAAUAUCGGCUACGCCCUCGUCUGUGUUGGCCUUUUCGAUUUGGAGAUUCAGUGGUCUUUCUCCACCUUCUUUAGCGGCUCUUGGCUUCUGCCGCCCCUCAUGUUGGUAUAUGUUUUUAUCAGCUUGAUCAACGGCCUGUUCGAUACCUGGACCAACACCAGCUGGCCUUGGUUCAACUGGGAGAUCAUACCUGGCUUUGAGCUUCACGGCUUGAUUGGCCUCGUCCGCCUUCUGGCCCCCUUCCGCCUGAUCAACGCAUACGGCGUGUUCCCACCAGAGGCCCUUCCGCAUGUCCGGAGCUCUAUGGUGUUCCAGGGCAGCAAUGACGGACAGUCGUGGACAACCUACCCAUACAAGUAUCAACCGCAUGAAGCUACCUCAAGGCCACAGUGGUUUGCUCCGCACCACGCACGCCUGGAUCACCGUGUUUACUACCCCUUUGAGAUGACCAGCAAGAGUGAUUUGACGAGUGCUUACUGCGUCACGGACCACAACCCGUACUGCUUCUCCAUGGAAGGCUUCAUGCACCGCAUGUCUCAGAGGCUACUGGAAGGUGAGCCGUCCGUGCUGUCGCUCUUUGCCAAGAACCCGUUCUCUGACAAGCCGCCAGCGCUACUCCGGGUGGUAGCCUAUGGAGUAACUCCGACGAGCUGGGCACAUCACAAAGCCACUGGGAACUGGUGGCAUGCUCAGCAACUUUGUGAGUUGAUCUCCCCACGCAAGGAUGAUCCAAGUUUAUGGAAGAGAUGGGUGCCGAAACCAGAAUGUUUCCACCCAGAACAUGAGAUCUGGUUUCGGCGUUGCCCCGAGACGAAGGCCUUGUUGGAGAUCGCGUCGGCGGAAGAAUCAAAUGUGGACGCACUAGUUCGCGGCAAUUCUAUGAUCUCCGCAGAGGAGGUGGAAUCCUUUUGGCGGGACUUUAUCACAGCGGCAAAGCCAUCACAUGGUGAUUGGAAGACCAUCGUUGCUCGUGGCCGUGCGUGCGCAGCGCGCUUCUCGAGAGAGAAGCUUGCGAUGUAUGAGCGGAUCAUGGCACGCUAUGUCUUGCUUCUGCGCAGCAGGGUCACGCGAGAUGUUAUCAACGAGAUUGGUUUGUCUUGUCUUUUUGGCAACUGGAAAUUGCAUUUGCUGGUGCACGACGUGAUCUCGGAAGGCAAAGACGCAUACCUAGCUGCGUGGAAGGAUCCGCACGUGUUGGUGACGAGGGCCAAGCAGAUAGACGAGGCCCGCUUGCUGGAUUUGAUUGGGAUUCUACGACUAGAUGACCUGCUGUUCGAAGACCUAAAGUUCCACUACAUGAUCAGCCUCAAGCACAGACCCGACAGGGAAGGAUUCAUCACACGCGCAGUCGAGAUGGACAAGGGAGGCUUUUACUCCAUGCUGCAAUUCAUUUUGAAAGAACCCCCCAUUGCUGACCUAUGGCUGCCCAAGGCGCGGCUCUUGGACUCUGGCGCCUGGGUCGUGGAAGGCUAUGAGGAUCAGCCGAAGGGGAACCCGCUGGCCGAACCCAUGCUCAAGUGACGCCUGCUGCGCACAUGCCGCGGCUGGUGAGGUGUUUGGCGCGCCGAAUUAUAAUGUGAGACACGGGCAAGGCACCGGCCUCACUCAACGAAGGUGAAGAUCUCCCUCCGCAUCCGGGAAGAUCC